UACAUUCACUGCGACGUUAGAGUACAGGACGCGUACAGAUUUCAUUCAACAAAUUGUGCGAUAAAAUAUCAUAAAAAGAUUACACUCUGCUCAACAUAGAAAGGCAAAAACGGCAAAUCAUGGCAACGCAACGUGACAAAAAAACGGGCAACAUUUACAAAAUUCGAGACAAGCUAGAGAGCAAAUUUGACGAGGAGUUUGAAGCAGAACAAAAUUAUUUACGAUUGAAGCGCGAACAGGAAGCAAAAACGAAACUCACCAGCGAACUAUUGCUGACCUGCGAAGAGCAGGAUCCGUUCGCUGACGUGGGCGAACCAACGAUCGAGAACGUGUUCAGCUUGCUUACGACCGUGCUGCAACACAUCGGACAGCUCAACCGAAAGGUGGACCACAUCCAGAAGGAGGUGGAGGACGUUUCGAUUCGUGUGCUGCGGGUGGAGAAAAAGCUCGGCACAACGCUGGCCACACUCGAACAGCUGAAGGACGUGGUGAGCAUUAGCGAUCUGGCACAGAAGAGCUCCGAUCCCGAACUGGCCGGAUUCGAGUUUAACGCCGUAAGCAACGAGGAGGAGCUGAACGAGCUGGACUUCAAGCUCGGAGCUGACGCAGAGUACCAGGGCAAUCUCACCAAAUGGCUGAACGUGAAAAUAGUGAGCGAAGAUUCCAAAAACCGGCUGCACGAAGCAAUGGAGAUCGUGUUUAAGCGGGAUUUUCUGCCGAAAUGUAGCUGGAAGGGGCGCUCCAAACCCGAGCCCAAAAUCCCGAUGAGCGCUCAGCGAAACAUUAUGGAACUGUUUAGGGUGGUGGGCAGUAAUCGGUUUACCACCAUCACGGAUGCGUUUGUGGCCAAGUUCUUCCAGAAGAAACUGCCGUAUGCAAAGAAUCGAGUGCACUUACAACGCAAUCAAAGAAAGGGCUGCCGGUUGCAUGUGAAAAAGCAACCUGAUACGACUGUCCUGCAACACCUUGCUGGAGCUCAGCAAAUUUUGAUCCAAUGUCGAGCGGAACCGACAACAGUGUCGAGUUAG